GGCUGUCCCUCCUGUCUGCUCUUAUGCUCCUGCCUGCCCUCCCUUCCCCUCUCUUGCCUACUCGUUUAUUUUUGUUUAUUUUACUUCAUCUGUGAAUAUGUGAUGAUAUUUGAAGUGAAACUUUAGCAGGUGCCCCGUUGCAGUACGUAAUUUCCAAGAAAAAAAAAUACUAGUUUCAAGACAUUUCACGUUUGCAUUGUUCCUGAGCUCAUGAACUUAGAAUGGAAGCCAAAUAGUAUGGCAGGCAGCCACACAUGAUUGUACCAAAAAUAGUUUUAAAAACUGACACAAAAAUGAUAAAGAAGAAGAGUAAAAGAGAAAGAAGGGGAGAAGAUGAAGACAAUGGAUUUGCAAUAUGGGGUGGAUAUAUGGCAGCGAAGAUAUCGAAAUUAGAAGAUCAAUUUACAGUACAAGCAGGCAAAGAAACUGAACAUGAAUCCAAUAUUUUUCAAGGCAUAGCAAUAUAUGUAAAUGGUUAUACAGUUCCUGGAGCUGAUGAGUUGAAAAGAAUAAUGAUUCUUCAUGGAGGUGUAUUCCAUCACUAUGAAACUCGCAAAACAACACACAUAAUUGCAUCCAAUCUUCCAGACACAAAGGUAAAGCAGUUAAAAACCUUGAAUGUGGUAAAACCUGCAUGGAUAGUGGAUAGUGUGACAGCAGGUACCCUGCUUGACUUCAGAAAGUACCUUCUGUAUUCUAAUCAUACUAAGAGUCAACCUCGCUUGAAUUUUCAGCAGGAAAUUUCUUCAAAAAAGACUAUCAAGAAAGAUAAUGAACUUUUACCAUGUGAUCAGGAUAGUGAAAGUAACUCAGUGGAUAAUGAAACAAAAUGCAAGGAAGUAGAUACCAGUACUUGUUUAAGAAGUGAGAAUGAACAACAACAUACUGAUCAUUGUGGAAAUGGUGGUGUAGAAAAUGGUUUACGAGAGCUGGUAAAGUCUUGCCCUGAUUCCCCGAGCCUUGUAAAGAGUAAACAAAGUCCAGGGUCCAGUCCAUCCAAAGCAAGGACGGCAAGUGCUUCAAGAAGAACAGCUGUGGAACCUCAGUUUCUGUCAGAAUUUUACGGAAAUUCCCGACUUCAUCAUCUUUCAACAAUGGGUGCCAUGUUCAAAGAGUAUGUGGCUAAGCUUCGGGAAGACAGUCAAGGAGAUUUCCCAGGUAUUAAGCGUCUUAUGGAGUGGAAGAAAAACAGUGGCAUUCGUCAAGACUUGGGAGCAGAUGAUGAUAUCAUUGAUGACUUUGAUGAUGAAACUUUCAUGAAUGAAAGAAACAAGAAAGUGCCAUGCCCUACAAAAACAAUCAUGCACAUUGACAUGGAUUGCUUCUUUGUGUCAGUAGGAUUACGCAACCGACCAGACCUGCAUGGCUGUCCUGUAGCUGUCACUCAUGCCAAAGGGAAUGCAUCUCGCGUGCGAGAAGGUACAAAUAGACAGUAUGAAAGAGAAUUCUACAGGCAACGGUUUCAAAAUAGACUAAAGCAGCGACAGAGUGGUAGAAGUGGAGAGAAUGAAAAAGUUGAAAGAAAAUCAAGAUUAGAUGAUGUGGAUGAGAAUGAAUCUCUAUCGGAAAUUGCAUCGUGCAAUUAUGAAGCCAGAAAGGCAGGUGUCAAAAAUGGUAUGUUCUUUGGGACUGCAAUCAAAUUGUGCCCAGACCUGAAGACGAUUCCGUAUGAUUUUGAAGGUUACAAGGAGGUUUCAUACAAAUUGUAUGAUAUUCUUGCAAGUUACACCUUGGAAAUAGAAGCUGUGAGUUGUGAUGAAAUGUAUGUUAAUUGUUCUGAAAUACUUAAGAAAGCAAAUGUGACAUCAUUGGAAUUUGCAAGUUUUCUGAGAGCUGAAUUGAAGCUAAUGAUGACUUAUCUCAGCACAUUGGCUUUAUCAUUAAAGGAAGACCUUGGAAGCCAGCUAUGGAAAAUUGAAGCAACUGGUUGUACCGCCUCUGCAGGCUUUGGAAGCAACCCGCUCCAAGCUCGUUUGGCUACAAAAAAAGCUAAACCCAAUGGACAGUUCCAUCUUCUGCCAACAGAUGUGGAAAUGUUCAUGCACAACAUAAAAGUGGAAGACUUACCUGGUGUUGGUCAUUCUCUUGCGUAUCGGCUACAUGCAGAGGGAAUCACUGAUUGUCGUGAUCUCCAGAGACUCUCCCUCGCCUCCCUGCAGAGGAAGUUUGGCAAUAAGACUGGUGAGACUCUGCAUCAACAUGCUCGGGGAGAUGAUCAGCGUGCUUUGGACGUGUGCCACCAGCGGAAGUCUGUUUCUGCAGAAGUGAACUAUGGCAUUCGCUUUACGACACAAAAGGAGGCAGAGGCUUUUGUGCAGCAGUUGGCUCAGGAGGUGGUGUCACGGAUGAAGCAGGCUCGUGUCAGGAGUCGUCAGGUCACACUGAAACUCAUGAUAAGAGCAAAGGAUGCCCCUGUGGAAACAGCAAAAUUCAUGGGUCAUGGAGCGUGUGACAACAUCUCUCGUUCUGUUUCGCUUGGGACUCCAACAGAUGAUCCAGAUAUCAUCUACAGAGAAGCAGUUGCUUUGGAGAGGCAACUGAAGAUUUCACCCAGCGAUCUGCGAGGUGUUGGCAUACAAAUGAAUCGAUUAGUGCAUUCAGCUACCAGUGGGUCAGCAAAGUCUACAGUGCUUACAAAAUUCCUGGGACUGAAGAAAACAAAAGAAGAAAAUUCUGAAGCAAGAAUCGAAUCUGAUGGAGGGAAGAGAAUAGGAACAGAAAGUAACAAUGUCAAAUCACCUAGUAAACGCAUAGAAUCCACAAAAAUAUCACAGUGUGCAGAAGUUUCAAAUAUUCCAGUUGGAAGGGUGACUGGCUUAAUUGGUGAGGUAAAAAUGGAAAAAAAGAGAUCUGCUGUAAAUGAUAAAAUGUCUGAAGAAAGAAAGUUGGUGGAACAUGAAACUGAUUCAAAGAAUAAGAGCUUCAGUAAAGUGGGAAGGACUGCUGCCAGUUGUGAUCAUGUUGGUAGUCCAGUGGGUGGAAAACCCAAAAUAACUAGUGAAGAUUCAAACCCAAUACCUAUUUUAACACCACCUGUGGAAGUACCUAUGAUGACCUUAUCUCAAGCACGUAAGCUAGUACGUGCAUGGGUGACAUCCGAAGUGAAUCCACAGACUUGUGAUGUUGUAAUGUUUACUAACUAUAUUCAGCGAUUGGUGCUAGCUCGUCAUCUGGAAGAUGUGGAUAUUCUUUUUAGCCUUUUACAUAGAUUGCUUAUCAAUAAGGGAAGACCUUGGAAAGCAGCUUAUGGAACAAUUGUGAAGAAUACACAAACAAUUAUGCAAACUGUAUAUGGAGCUAAUUUAAAAUUUUUGAAACAAUGUUUUUUGAUUACUUUAAAAUUGUGUAUUCAUAUUAUACUUGAAUGUUUCUUUGUCUUCCAUAUUUUGCAUGAAAAAUUGUCAAUAAAAAUUAUAAGGCAUUGUAAUUUAAUUUGCCCUUUAGCAAUAAAAGUAGACUUCAAACAGGCGAGGAAAAAGGAAAAGCCUGAUCAAAUAUUUCGCCAAAAGUAUCGAAUUAUUACUGAG